GAGAGAGAGAGACAGAGAAAGAGAGAGAGAGAGAGAGAGAGGGAGAGAGAGGGAGAGAGAGAACCGGGAGGAGGGGAUAAGGAAAUUAAACCCUUUAAGUCAAUGCAUGUUGUGGUGACACCGGCACCGGAGCCCUCACGGUGGAGUCGGCCAGGGCUGUGCGUUCCCAAAAUAUGACCAGGGGUGCUUGGAUGUGUCGGCAGUAUGACGACGGCUUAAAAAUCUGGUUGGCCGCACCCCGGGAGAACGAGAAACCGUUCAUCGACUCGGAGAGGGCUCAGAAAUGGCGACUGUCUCUGGCAUCUCUCUUGUUUUUCACAGUCCUGCUCUCUGAUCACUUGUGGUUCUGCGCCGAGGCCAAGCUGACCCGGGCCCGGGACAAGGAGCAGCAGCAGCAGCAGCAGCAGCAGCGGCAGCAGCAGCAGCAGCAGCACCAGCAGCAGCAGCGGCAGCGGCAGCAGCAGCAGCAGCAGCAGCCGCGGCCGCGGCAGCAGGAGCCCUCCUGGCCCGCGCUCCUGGCGAGCAUGGGGGAGCCCUCGCCCGCCGCCCCGGCGCACAGACUCCUCUCCGCCUCCUCGUCCCCCACCCUGCCCCCCUCCCCGGGAGACGGCGGCGGCGGCCAGGGCGACCGAGGCAAGAACAACCGGAGCAAGGCUCUUGCUCUAGGAAACUCCGCCAGCCCGGCGUGGCGCCUGGAGACUUGCUACCCCCAGGGCGCCUCCUCGGGCCAGUGCUUCACGGUGGAGAGCGCGGACGCCGUGUGCGCGAGGAACUGGAGUCGGGGGGCGGCGGCCGCGGGGGGGGGGCAGCGGAGGGGGGCGCAGCCCGCAGCGCUCUGGAGCCUGUCGGAUUUUUACCUUUCGUUUUGUAACUCCUACACACUUUGGGAAUUGUUCUCGGGGUUAUCCAGUCCCAACACCUUGAACUGUAGUCUGGAUGUGGUGCUCAAGGAAGGCGGCGAGAUGACCACUUGCCGGCAGUGCGUCGAGGCUUACCAAGACUACGACCACCACGCUCAGGAGAAAUACGAAGAGUUUGAGAGUGUGCUCCACAAAUAUUUACAGUCGCAGGAGUACUCGGUGAAGUCCUGUCCCGAGGACUGUAAGAUUGUCUACAAAGCCUGGCUGUGUUCCCAGUACUUUGAAGUCGCACAGUUUAACUGCAGAAAGACAAUUCCUUGCAAGCAAUACUGUUUGGAGGUUCAGACGAGGUGUCCGUUCAUAUUGCCCGACAACGAUGAAGUCAUUUACGGGGGACUCUCCAGUUUCAUCUGUACAGGGCUCUACGACACCUUCCUAACCAACGACGACCCCGAAUGCUGUGAUGUCAGGAGAGAGCAGCGCGCCAGCAAGCCCGCCCGAGGCACGGGGGGGACCGGCGGCCCGCGUCACAGGACGUCCCCCGCAGCGUCCUCGGCGAGCCGCCUGUGCAGCCCCAGACUCAAGCUGUGUGUCCUGGUACUGAUUCUCCUGCACACAGUGCUCGCGGCCUCGGCGGCGCACAACGGCACGGCGCUGGGCGUCGGGGGCGUCCCCGCGCUGGACCACGGCUCGGCGCGCGAGGAGUAGCCGGCACCCCGGGGCGCCCCCGGCACCCCGGGGCGCCCCCGGCACCCGCCCGCUGCCGCCCGGACACUCUGGGUGCUCUUACCCUCCAGCCGCUCCUCGCAGGGCCUUUAGGGUAAAAUCGAAGAAGAUGGGCCUGGAUCCAAACGAGGACACAAACUCAGCUUUUUAUUGACUAAAAGGCUGGAAAGUGACUUAAAUUUCUCACACCAUUUUAUACACUGUGUUUUAAUGUUUGGAGGUUUUAUUUGCUUUCCUUUGAUUUGGGGUUUACCUGGUCGUUUAUUUUUUUGCACUUGUUAAUACAGGAUUUAUUUUUGGGGGAUGGUUUCUCAGAGGUAAACUGAGUCUUCACUGUCUCUUUCUCUCUCUCUCUGUCUCUCUCUCUCUCUCUCUCUAUAUAUAUAUAUUUCUAGUCACUGUGUGUGUUCAUCAGAUAGUUCUGUCUCUAUGUCCUGUCAGUUUCUAUUAGCGGAAUGAUUGCUAUGACCUCGAGGUAUAGCAAAAUACAACAACAAAAAAAUCAUAAAAAAAUUAAAAAAGACAA